GCGGCUCCCUCCCACCCGGCCCUUGCCCUUGCCCUUGCGCGUGCGGAUGGAGCUGCGCUGCAGCGUGGCGGGCAGCGGCGGGGGCCAGGCGGCCGUGGGGGCCGGGCCGGGGCUGGCCAUGGAGGGCCAGGGCUGCGGGGAGGACUACGAGAGCCUGCCCACCAGCGUCUCCCCCUCCACCCACAUGGUGGCUGGGGCGGUGGCCGGGAUCAUGGAGCACACGGUCAUGUACCCCGUGGACUCGGUGAAGACCAGAAUGCAGAGCCUGCAGCCAGAUCCCAAAGCCCAGUACAAGAGCGUGUAUGGAGCCCUGAAGAGGAUGGUACUCACCGAGGGCUUCUGGAGGCCUUUACGCGGAAUUAAUGUCACCAUGCUGGGAGCUGGCCCUGCCCAUGCCAUGUAUUUUGCCUGCUAUGAAAAAAUGAAAAGGACUUUAAGUGACAUUAUUCAGCAAGGAGGAAACAGCCACCUGGCCAACGGCAUAGCUGGGAGCAUGGCCACAUUACUCCAUGAUGCAGUAAUGAAUCCAGCUGAAGUGGUGAAGCAGCGGAUGCAGAUGUACAACUCUCCUUACAAAUCUGUUUUGGACUGCAUCAGGACAGUGCACAGGACGGAAGGGUUUGGUGCCUUUUACCGGAGUUAUACCACACAGCUCACCAUGAAUGUGCCCUUCCAAGCUAUUCAUUUCAUCGUGUACGAAAUCAUGCAGGAGAAAAUCAACCCUCGUCGAGAGUAUAACCCCCGCUCGCACAUUCUCUCUGGUGCCAUUGCUGGGGCAGUGGCUGCUGCUGCCACCACCCCCCUCGAUGUUUGCAAGACAUUGCUAAACACUCAGGAAAACAUGGCACUGAGUUCACUAAACAUCAGUGGACACCUCUCGGGAAUGGUAAAUGCCUUCAGGACUGUGUAUCAGCUUGGUGGUAUCCCAGCGUAUUUCAGAGGAGUGCAGGCUCGUGUCAUUUACCAGAUGCCUUCUACCGCCAUCGCGUGGUCAGUGUAUGAAUUCUUCAAGUACUUCAUUACCAAGCACAAGCUGGAAAAGAGAACCCCCUACUGAAGGACUUGACGGGAGUGAACCCAAGCUUCACAAGUCUUUUAUAUAGAAGCUCCAUGAUUCUCUCCUCUUUUGAACAUGCCAAAUUCUGGUGGAUUCACAAUUGAAUUUCACUUUUUUCUCUCUCUCUCUCUCUCUCAAAGGGAGGGAUGAAGUAGUCACUGGAGAAAUUUGGCUCCCGUGUUUCUAGAAUCAAAUUAUCCAGAAACUUUUUGUAAUAUAAAUAUAUAUUUAUAAUUUUAUUUUUGAAAACGUAAAAUUGCUAACAAAUGGGGUUUCUUUCCCUCUGAACAAAGUCUAAGAUGCAAGGUUACCACCUCACCAUCGAGCUUAGACUGUUUGGGGGGCGGGGCCAAGAAAUAGCACAUUAACUUUUUGUUGCUAAGAAAGUAAAUAUCCUGUCACAUCAAAUUUUUAUAUAAAACUUUAAUAUAGAAUAGAUGGAAAAUGUUUAUCCUUUAUUUUUCUACAUAAGAACUUGUGGUUUUAUUAAUGAGACCACAGCUUGUGGCGGAGCUGUUUUAAAAAAGGGCUGAAUUCUUUCAUUGUAACAUGUAAGGAAAAAUGCCAAAGCUUCUUAAUUUUUUUUUUUUUUUAAACCAGAAUGGCUUUAUUAUUGGCAGCAUUGAGCCCAAAACAGCAGCCAGUGUUUUAAUUUGGGUUCUGUGAUGCCUCCUAUUUUUUGGUGCCUGCUUGAGACCCCUCAAGUUGGGUGGCCAAAAUUACCGGCUCUUCUUGGGAAGAAUCUUCAUCUAUUCCAUGUUUUUUAGCUAGUUGUUGACAUCUUAAGAUUUCUACCGUAAGGAUGAGUAUUUUUAGAAAAUGCUUAACAAUUUUGCUUAUAAGUACACUUACAGCAUUCUAAGGCUUUAUCACUUCCUUAUUUAUUCAUGGACUUAUUUCCUGAGAAGGCCCUGAUCCUGCUUACGUGAAUAACUGUCCACACAACUAGUUCCAGCUUUAUCUUUCACGUUGAUAAAGUUGCUCCCACACACAUGUACGCCAGAGCAGAGCAUCUGUUUACAGUUUCAUAAAGCAGCUUGGGUUGAGUGGUAAAAGGAGCAUAUUGACAACACACAAAGAUGAAAGGCCUUGGAAAAAAUGAAAGCCUUAACUAGGAGAACUGCAAAUCGCAAUCUUUUAAAAUUGAAGCAAAAAGCAGUGGCUUGCUGAAGUCCAAUUGAAGUGCCCUAAGAAAAAUCCCAAAGCUUCAAGUGCUCUUGGGAUUUUUGUUUUUUUGUUUCCUUUUGGCUUUUUGCUUGCUGCUAUGAAAUCCUCUGCUUUAGUCUGUGCUUCGUAGAAGACUCUGUGCAUUCAAAAAAGGACAUUUUAUCCCUUGGUCCUUUUUGUAGGCUUUUUUGCAAGCUGGAUUUGUGGAUGACUCAUCUCCGCUCAGUUGCCAUACCUCAUCGUCAUGUCUACUCAGUUGUUUACAAAGUGUAGCUCCUGUGCUUGAGGCUAGGAAAAACCAUUUAUUUUUGUGUGUUUGUUUUUCCUAGUUCAAACUGACCAAUGAUGCGAAUAGAGUGGCUGAAUUUUAAAAGCAACACUUGGUCAAAAGUUCUCUAAAUUCAGUGCAAUAUACUGCAGAGGAGGGAAACUUUUGAGUGCCUGAGGAGCAGGUUUGCUGAACUACAGAUAGUUCAUUGCUGGCUAGCCAUCUGGCUAGAUGAGGUGGUUAGCUUCAUUAUAAACUACUUGAAGGAUUUCUUUUUUUUUUUUUUUCUUUCCUUUGGUAGGCAAAUACAUGCAACUUAAUAGUUACACUCUUCAAUGGAACAUCAAUUGAGAAAUCCUUGUUUUAUCUGGACUUUUUUUUUACUUGCUAACAAAAAUUAACACGCAAAAUGAAGGAGUGAUAAUGCUGCAACUUUUUUAGUUUGCUUUUUUUCCCCUUUUUUUUUGUUUUUUUGCAGUAGGCAAUUCUAGUAAUUUCCUCCUUUCUCCUGUGGUUUGUGUGGAUCUUUUGAAUGGCAACAUGAGAGUCCUUUUAAGGGAAAGAGGGAAGUGUGAUUUAAAGCCACAAGUUGACAGACAGUCUGGGAGAAGGCAUAGCACUUGGAACUGCUCUAAUUAAUACAUGAAAUUGGAGCUGGGUGUCCCUCUAACCUCAUAUUUAAGUUUGUCAUGUAUCUUUUAUACCAGUUACUUCUGGUUUUCUUGCUCAUAUGGAAAAGGUAAAGUUUACCAUGUGUAACAUGCUUUUUAAUAUUUUUGGUGUGAUAUUUUUAUAUAAAAUACAAGUAACUUUUUUUUUUAAAUGAACAAUCGCCACAUAUUUGAUGCAUUUCAAUUAAGGUAUUUGAGAGAAACUGGCAGGCAAAUACUGCACUAGGCACUGGCUUUCAUGUAAUCUCACAUGACACUAAAUCACAGCUAAUUAGUUGGUAGACCAGUAUUUGGAGAAAUUAAAUCCCCAUACAUUCCCUUGAAAAGGGAAUUUAUAUGCACCUUGUAGAAAUUGUUCCUUCCCCAACUGAAAAGGAUUUUUAAAAUUAUAAAUGCAGGUUUUUGACAAGCUUUAAUUAUUAUUAUUUAGCAUCAUAGAGUGAAUAACGUGCCAUCUCCAGGUUACUGCCAUUAUGCAGCACUUGAAAUGUUUCAUAGUUGUCUCCUAAGACUAGGUGCUUAGCAUGUGAGCUUGUAAAGAGUUUUAUGCUGAAGUUUUGAAAGGAUUUGGAAAACCCAGUUUCCUCUCAAAAUUUGGUAGAAAAGGGGUAUUUGGGGGGGAGGGAGGGGGCAGGUUUGGCAACUUUGGAAGUUUCAUUCCAAAUUCUUAAAUGAUGCAAGAAUAAGCUAGGGGUUGCAUCAUGAAUGACAGGGGAAACUGUCAUAUAAAUAGUUUAUUUCUAUUAGAGGUAAGCCUGCCAACAUGUAGAAAUAGCCAACUUUCUGGAAAUCAAAUCUCAGGUUCUUAAGGUCCUCACACUGUUGUGGCAAUGAAAAAUUUGUUAACAUUAACUUUAUUCAUUGGAAGAGAGUUAUUUAAUGGAUGAGUCGCUUUCAAGAGGCACUGCCUUCAGUUCAUAGCAUUUGAUAAGAAUCUGGGAUUUGUAAACUUUGAAACUUUUUAUUACGGUUCUGUUUCAAAGAUGGUAUAAAAGCAGUUAGUCUCCCCCUCUCCCCCAUCUUGAUUCCAGUAAUCCAAAGGCAUUUCUCUGUAGAUCUUCCAGUUGUGUGAAAUGAUGGCUUGUAGCAAGGAUCAUGUCAGAAUAAGUGGUUGGGAUUUUUUUCCCCAGAUGUAUAUGGAUGGUUUAACUGUUCAAGUCCUUUUAAAUGAGGUGGUGAUACUUGGAGAGGGUGUAUUAAUCCCUAUUCAGCUUUGUGGUAUAGCUGUUACCCCUGAAGAGAGAAUAUGCCAGUGUCGGGGGAAACUGGAUUUUCUUCUGGCCACAUAUCCUAAAGUUUCACAUUAAUGUUGCAGAUCGGAAGCCAACAGGAAAUUGCUUCUGGACUGGGAAAGUGAAGAACUGGCACCUAUUGGGAACGGGGAGGAGGAGUGGGAGGCAGGGGAAGAAAUUUCUAAUAGGUUGUACUUAUUCUGGAAAGUCACUUGAGACAGUAACCUGGAGCUGCACAUAUCAUAUCUUGUUUUAGCCUCCCUUUUUCAAAGCAUUACUUUAAAAUGGGACUGCUUGGCUAUAUUUGAUGCUAAGUAAGCAGGAAAAUUAUAGCUGUAGAGUAAGACCAGGUAAUAUACCCGUCUUUAGUGUGAACUCUUCAGCGUCUGGAACUCCACUGCUUAAAUACUGAACUGACCUGCAUUAUUUUGAAUAGUUAGUUACAUGGGUUUUUGUUCCUUUCAACUUCUUAGCUUGAAUCCUGCUGAUGACUUUGGCCUGGCCAGUUUAGGUUGAUCCUGCAAUCUUUAGGGUUAGUGGCAAAGCUUCUAUUGACUAAGUGCUGAAAGAUAAGACAUCAGGGAUCAGUCUGUACUGCCUUCAGCGAGGGUCUGAAUAAGUCACUGAGGAAUAAACCACACCUCCUUGUAAUGUGCUCAGACCUGCAAAUUUAUGGAGUAGACAAGAGCCCGAGUGUUAAUUCAUGCACUCUGGGCCUCAGCUGUUGACUGCAAAUCUGCAGGCCUGGGUGUGAGUGAAUGGGGUUCAUUUUUUGGUAACACUCCCCAACAGUCUCGGGAUGCAGUGAGGUCCCAGGCAGCCAGAUUUACCUAGUUCAGUACUGGGACUUGGACCAUGUUUUCAGAUAGUUCUGUUACUCUUUAGGCAUUGGUAUAAUUUAUUAAAACUCCUGAGAGUUUGCAUGUCAAGUGUAUUAAUUACCCUUGAAAAUCUGACUGCUAUAAUGGGGACAAGGUGAGCUUUUACACAGAACUGAAGUUGUUGAGAGUACGUGGGUGUCAAGCACUUGAAAAUUUAGGACUAACCCUGUGUAAUCUUCUGUGUUUUUAUAAUCAAAAGCAGAUCAAUAGUUUAAGUGUGGAAAGGGAACAUCUUAAAGCCUUGCCUAGUUUUCCUUUUAUUGCAGGAAUCAUAAUGUAGCUCUUGUUUACUCCAGCUUGAACUGCUGGAUCUCCAGGCUAAAGCAUCUUCACCAAAGUUAUGUAGAGUAGCAUCUCAUUUAGGAGAACUGAGAGUGCUGGUUUGUUCUGCCAACAACUUUCUGCUGAAUUUUAAACUUUGUAUGUGAAACACAUGUAUUGCUGCUUUGUCUGCAACAAACGCACAUAUUUUUUUUUAAGGGAGAUGAGUGUUAAAUAUUUUUUUGUUUUAAGUUGAUAGCUGCAGUUUUUAAAACUGCAUUUCUGCCUUUCUUGGAAUUUUACAAAGUACUUUUUUUUUUUUUUAAAAGAGAACAUAUAUUUAACAUUGCAGAAAAUGUGGUUUCUGAAAUGCUGCUACAGUCACAACACUGGAGCUCAAGGAAUAAAAUGUUUGAUCUUUGUCCUUGUAAGACUUGUGUGUGUGUUAACUUUAUAUUGGAGAAGUGGCGUUGAGGGUGUAACAAGGAGGGUUGGAAGGGUUUUGACAGAAGGGAGAGAAAAGCUAAGAAUUUACCUAUGUGUAGAAAUACUUGUAGCUAGUUUAAAAAUUCCUUGCGUUACAAUUAUUUGGUAAAGUAAUUUACACUCAUUCAAGAGUAAUACUGAAGAGAUGAACAACUUUUCCAGGAGGAGUGAGUUUGGCAGGAAUUGUUUAGCCUUUGAAAUCAACAAAUACAGAGUUUUUUGGCUUAUUCAAUAAUGCUUUUUCUAUUACAAAACUGAUAGAAACUUUGAAAUUCCUCCUUAGCUGAAAUAUUUGGGUUUUUCCUUCUUCCAGAGUAAUGCCCAAUAUUCUUAACUGUGUGUCUGUUGGGUUUUUCUUGGUAUUUAUGGAAUUGAGUAAUACAAGAUUCUGUUCCUGUCAUGUACACUCAGCAUUAACACACAAACCAAUAAUGUGUUAUAUUUAGCUUCAAAUGUUAUACUUGUGUAAAUUAUUUGUAUUUGUUUUUGUUUUUCUCUUCCUCUUACCCCCCCAAAAGGCAACUUCAGGUACUCAGAACCACCAUGCCAAUCUGUUUCCACCCCCUUCACACCCACCUUUCAGCUUUUUGGCUAUUUCAGGUGCACUCGCAUUGCAUCCAAGUUUCUCUCUGGUUCCAUGGAAGUUAUAACAUUUUGGAAUCUAAGGUGAAAUUCAUAUAAUCAAGAGCUGGGUUUUUUGGAAACCAAUAUAACUUUGGAAAAAGAUUUGGUAAUGCUGUACAGCUCAGGCCAUUCACUUACGAGUGCAAUUUUCUAUCCUCGCUGAGAUGGUCUGCUCCCAGUUAUCGCCACAGGGUGGCAGCUUGUAGACACUUUUGGUUUUGGACUGGCUCUACCUGCAGUUCUAUUUCAAUCUUGUUUUAAAUUACCAUUCAAGCAGAUAUUGUUUUUUGGCAGCAGAGCUGACUGUUACUGCCACUCUGAUUUCUCUCUCUCUCUCUUUCUCUCCAGAAGUCUGCAGAGUAUUGUUCUGAGGAUCAAUGGUGGGCCAGCAUUUUAGCUAGUAUCCAAUUUUGUGUGCCUCCCUCAAUAUUGUCAUGUAAAGAUCACCCCUCCAAAUCUGUGUAGCUUGGUGGAAGAAAAGCUGCUCACCUUCUGCUGAUGGCGAGUCUGGCAGAACUGGGACUAAAACCCAGGGCUCUGAAGACCUGUGCGUAGUCCGUCUUCCUCUCUAGCUACUUGUAAAGGUGGCUACAUCUGAUUCUUCCUUGUCCUUUCCUCAAAUUAAUCCUGAUCAUUCUUGUCCCUGAAAACGUUUCCCUGGGAGGUGUGUGCUUGGAGCUCGAAUUUAGUUUUUUGAUGAGUCCUAUAGGCAGUACUCUUUGUCUUAAAAUUUUUAUAAGGCUUCAGGUACUGAAGGACUGCACUAUUCCCUGGACUUCAGGUGUGUGCUAAUAUCCUCAAACAGAAAUACCAAAUUAAAAACAGGUAUGUAAUUACUUACUUCUCAAGUACAGCUGUAGGUUUCAUGUGAAGCGAUAUCACAACUGACUGAAAAUGCAUGGAAGAUGGAUGCUCCAUGGGCAGAAGUCUCCUGGAUGUAGAAGUGAGUAUAAGGAUUGAAGUUCAGCCCAGCCUGAGGUGACUGCUUGGGCUAUGUCGAGUAAGGUAUGCUGGUGUCUGUAUGCAGUGUCACGAGAGGGCUGUGGCCAGCAUCAUGCCUGAUCACCUUGGCUUCCCCUAACUGAUGACCAGGCAGCCUCUCAGACCUGGGUCAAAUGGAUGCAGCUUUGUCUCAGCCCAAAGCAAGACUUGCACUUGUACUUCUAAAUCUGUAGCAAAAUGCCUUAAUGGCUCUGCUGCCACACAUUUAUUAUAGCCCAGGGUAAUCCCUAGCUGAGAGGGUCUGCCAGAACACCUUACCCCAAUCCUGUGGUCUGGUGUCCUGCUACUGCUGCUGGUGUUGGGAUUCUUUCACCUCAUGCAAGAGAAGCAGUGCAGGGGUGGAGCUUUGCAAGUGAAGCAUGGGAACAGCCCUACUCUGCUUGUUCAGGAUCCUACCUCUAACAGUUUGCACCUCACUGAGAGAUGCAAACUGCAUUCAUCUGCUUUCAGUUUUAAUGGAGUGGUUUAGUACUUGCAUGUGAAACUUCCAAGGAACACUUACUCCUCCUAGGUGCGGUGUUGUGUUCGAGUAGGAGUAUGUUUCACCACUGAAGGCCUGAAAGCGUGUUAUUCUGGUCAUCUUGAGGUCCUAACACUGGAAGGAAAAGAGUCCUGCUUUGGUUUUGCAAGAGGAAUCCUGACAGCUUGCCCAAACUCUGUUUUAGGUAAUUUUGAAGACCUCACUUCUUCCUGCCUGGUUGGUAGAAACACACUUAAUUACCUGAGCUCCUCUCUCUAGCGAAGGCCAUUUUGGCAGGGUUGUAGAAUCCUUGGGGGGAGGGGGGGUUUAGUAGGAAUAAUGUCAACUGCAAUUGCUAUGUAUUGCAAUCUCCUUCAGAACUUACUGUCUCUGGGGGAUCCCCAGGAAUGGCCUCAUAUGAUUUUGACAAGGAGAUCAAGUAUAAUUUGUUACCUUUCAGUUUUGUCUUGAAAAUGACAGAUUUGAAAUAAAUGCUAAUCCCCCAGGUAUGUAUGCUCCAGCAGUAUAACUUGUUAAUGCCACUCGCACUGUGCUGCUAUUAAGCAAGAUACCCAAGACGUACAGAUUAAUUUCUGGUUGUCAUACCUAGAGUCCUUUUGAGAGACACUAAUUCUCUCCUACCAUUCAACAUGUGUCAAGUUGUCAUGCUAAAAGGAAGAGAGUCAAUUCUUGACUGCAGCUUUGAUGUAAACAGCGGACUGUUGCUUUAUUAAUGUGCACCAGGUGCUCGACUUCUGAGACCCUCAAGCAAAGCAGAGGAGGUCUGGUCACAUUUCACCCCUUUAUCUCCUGCUGCACUAAAAGUUGAGUUUUGAUCUCUGCUUCUAUUGCAAAUCACCCCAUGUUUUUGGAGGGCAGGAACUCGCAAAGGAGGCAAAGCUAGAGUCUGACAGUAGUUGGCAAAUGCUAUACAACCUGCUUUUUUUUUUUUUAAGGUCCUUUUCAGGUAGACUGAUACCUUUUGGAAUUCAAUAUUGCAUUCAACCUUUACUAUCCAAUAUCGUGUUCAACUCACUGUGCCCCACCAGUCCUUUUACCCCAAACAAGGCAGCUGAAACAAAACAAAGUAAAAUAAGAGAAUUAAAAAAAAAAAAGGGGGUCCCCUUAACCUUUGCAUUUAUUUUACCCCCAAAAGACAGGUGAUCCUGAGAGCGUACAGUCUUUCCUAGGAGCCUUGUUGCUUUUGAUUUUUAUGGGGAAAAUGCUCAGAUAUUGCAGGGAUGGGCUACAGUACAAAAUACAAAGGCAGAUGGAUAAUCAGCAAGUAUCAAUCAUCUUAUGGCUUCCAUGCCUGUAAGAAAAUGUUCAAAGCCCAGGCAGUGUCUCAGAUAUUCAAGACUGGAGAUUGCGGGGGCGGGGGAGGAACUAUGAUGCUAUCUGGACCCUUUCUCCGUGGGGCAAGUUGCAGGCUUGUAUCUCAAGGUUCACUUUUUUUAUAUGCUUUGUCCUUUUAUGUGGCUCUUGUGAAAAACUACAAGCAUUUCUUUGUGGAGACUGUUGCUCAGAGAAAAAACUCGGGGUUAACUAAUGCUUUUUCUGAUAUGUAACUUUUGGUUCCCUUUUUAUUUUCUGUUUAUCUAUGAUCCAGGGUACUGUGCUCUGGAAUGAGAAUCCUACAGGACAAGGCCUGGUGAUGUUUAGUCGGACACUGUAUUUAAACUCAUAUUGUUCGUCAUGUUUCCACUCCCCUAUCUUCCCCCUGUGUUUUUUGUGUGUUACCUCCUGUCAAAAGUAGCAGGAAUGCAUUGCAACUGGAGAUGUUGUGUAUUAACAAACAUUUUAAUAGUUGGAGGGCCAUCAGUAGUAGACCAAGCGUUAAUUAUGGCAAGAUCAAACUGGUUUAGUCUAUUCUGACAGAAUAGAAUCAACUAGGAUGAGGUUUAUAAACAGAAAUUAGUACACUUGCACACAGGUACAAGGAAAUUUGAGCCCACGUGCAACCUAACGCCCUGAUGUAUCUUCUCAUAAUUUCCCAUAGCUGAUUCUACAUUGCACCCAAAGCCAUUGUAACGUGACAUGACUCCACUGCUGCAGGAAUCACAGGGUGGAGCUGUGUGCUUUGCAGGAGACGCUGCCAAACUGGUGCAGAGCGGAGCGUGGCCUGAAAACUUACAGGCUUAAUUCCUAUCUACAGUGAGGCUUUUGCACCUGUUUCAACAGGGAAAAGAGGGCUUAAAGUGUGUGUGUGUGUGUGUGUGUGUGUGUGUGUGUGUGUGUGUGUGUGUGUGUGUGUGUGUGUGUGUGUAUAUAUAUUGGGGGCUGCUAGGAGUAUGAGGUGCAGUCCUGGAACUCUAGAAUAGAAAGUAAGAUGCAUCAUGUUCAUGAGGGACUAGACAGAGGAAUAAAAGGUAAUUGCCAUCCAAGAAAAAAUGCUCCCUCAAUAAUCCUUGAUGGUUUGCUAGUGCUCCCAAUCUAAUGAUUCCAGAGAACUGAAACAUCAGUGCAGAUCCCCAGUGGUUAUGAAGUAGCACACUGGUGCUAUGGUGCUUUUUCUCUGAGAGCCUUCCCAUUAAUGAGGGUAGCUUCCACUUUAGUAGCAGAAUAGUCUUAUUUUAUAGAAAAGUGGGGGAAGGGAAGAUAUCUAUCUAGAAGUGACAGUGCAGCUGGAAACAGAAUGCACCUGUCCCACAGAAGUCAGUGAUGGAGCCAAGAAUAAAAUGGGGUCCCCAGACUGCUGUGAUGUUUUAAAUGCUUGGUUUUGCUCUCUGACUGACAGUCUCUAGGAUCAUUAACAAAGAAGUUGCAUGCUGAGACCUGCAGCGUAAGGCCCCUUUUGCAUCAAUAAGGCAACAUUAGCAGAGUGCACUGGCAACAAAAGGGGCUGCACGUGUGAGGAGUCUUUUUUGUGUAGCUAUUCUCAUGAGACAGCCAAACAGGCACAUUGCAAGGCCCUGACUGCAGGAAGCAGCAGUUUCCCGAGUAGAAUUAUAACAUGUAUUGACAUCUCUGUUUUGAGAUUUGCAUGGCUUUUCUAUAGAGAAAAUGAUGGCUCCACAUCUUCCAAGAUCUUAUAUUUAAAGAAGCUACAAGCAUCAAACAAGACAGACUCACCCAGCACAUCCUGGCUGCUACCUUUUGAUUUUAUCUGUCAUGUGCUCAGGAUAUUUCUCUUUUUUCCAUAUUCCUGUCAGCCCAUCUAUAAAAUGGGGAUUGUGAUUUUUGGUUUUCCUUCGUAAGGUGUUAUGGGGACACAUGAUGCUGGUGUUACUACCAUGCAUAACGUAAUGAUCCAUAAGACAGAGUCCAAGCAGUGUUCUGAUAUGAAGUUCAUGCUGCCAGUUUCAUUUAAGGCACUAAGAGGAAAAAGAGAAAUUUGGAGUAGAUGGACAAGGCACUGAAAUGCUGGGCGAGAGACUUAGACUGAGCAGGAUCACCUCUUCUCCUCUAUUGCUUUACUCUGAACACCUCCAAAGCUGAACACCCCUUUGGAAGGUGGGGCAGUCUUAACCCCAUUUUACAGAGGAAGGCCUAAUGUACACAACAGUUAAAUGACCUGCCUGUGGCCAAAUGGAGAGUCUGUGGCAGAGCACUGAAUUAAACCUAAGUCUUGAGUUUCAGCCUAGGGCUCCAAACUCUGGACUAUUUUUUCCAUCUCGGCAAUGAAGGCUAUAUUGUAGGCAGUACUUCUAGGUAUAGAGAUUAGACUGGAGCACUUAAGAAUAUACAGCAAAGCAAAUUCUUGCACUAAAUGGGGAAUGAUCAUCCCAUGUAACUUUCUGAGAUUUCUUUAACUCUAGGACACCAAUCCAGUGUUUGAGUGAGUAGUUCUGCAAAAGUGUGAAGAGGAAAUUGCUUAUAUCAAAAUCAUCCCAGAGAGGAACAUAGGGAAAAGGCAAAUGCUGAGAUUUAUGAUAAAUUCAGAGGAGUAACCAGAGCUUCCCAAAAAUGAGACGCAAACUGUUUAUCUACAUAUGGCAAGGGCAUUUUCUCUUGAGAACAAGAAGCACUGAGAAGAACAAACAAAGUCCCUAAAGCUAUAUGGAGUUUUAUUUUUCCUGUGUGCGUCAUACUUUUCAACACUACUCCUUGAAUCCAUUGAUCCUAUUAUCAAACUGUUUCCAUACCUAUUCAGAGAAAUUAGCCUGCACAGAAAUUUCCCUUCCUCCAUCUUUCAAAUCAUGUGCAUUGUGCAUACUUCUGCUGCCUCAAUCCACUGACAAAACCAGGCAUUUCACAUCAUGUGGUCAAACUUAAAAAGUAGAUAAAACCCUUCUAAUUUGGCUGCCUGAAGUCAAUCUCUUAACUCUCUACUUAGGUACUUCAGCAAUAGCAGACUGAGGCUCAGAGGUACUCUGGUUUGAUCAUUUGGGCCAGGUGUCAGUAUAUUGCUAAUGCAGAAGUGUAGGCUGCUUGAGGAGCAGAAUUCAGCAGGGGAGAGGAACUGGGUAGUGGCAAGUUGUCCAAAAGCUUGAGAACAAAUAAGACUGCUAGUAUGUUGAGAUCCCUAUUUAGCAAGCUGAUGAAGUUUGUCUCAUUGUUUCCUUUUCCUCCACUGAUGUGUUUCCAUCCAUCUGUUGUCACUCUUCUUUUAUGCUGUUUGGGGUGGGGACUGUCUCUUUGCUUGUGCUUGUACAUAAGGGCAUAUAGCACUUGGAAAGCUAGACCAGGAGCUAGUGGGAGUUUGGCACUCGGUCCAGUUCUGCUAUGAAGCCUGGUUUUCAGGAGUGGGCACGCAUGUUACUCCACAUCAUGCCCCAUAUUAUCUACUGAGUGACACAGGCUUUGCAGCUCAUCAGUCUCGGAGGGCCCUAUGCAAAUCCAUGAUACAAAGGCCUGUCCAACCACUGCUUUACCUUUCUGUGCCAUGAAUAAACACCAGUUAUCCAAAGCAGAAAAUGCAGUGCUCAUUGACGUCUUCGGUAUGCUGCUCAGCGGGCCAAGUUUCCAGACUUGAGCUUACUGGAAAAGUGACUUGGGUGACUUAGAAAGCCACAAAACAAUGUAUUCAAUGUAGAGUUAUCCAUUUCACCUGCUUGCAAUGCCUCCACUGCUGUAAUACAGUUAUGAGCAUACUGGACAACCUCCACCAAGGGAUUUAACACUCGGUGACUGUGUUGAAUAAGUGCACAAUGCAGUGGGACUUUUGCAUACAAGAGAUGAUGAGUGAGCAGGAUGCACUGUGCUUCUAGUUUGUACAUGCUGAGCAGGAAGGGUGGUUUUCAGUGGCAAGUUGGAUCCUGGGUCAGGGUUUGCAGCCAAGCUUCAGUACACAUGGAGGAAAGGUGGAUUUAACACAGUGCCAAGAGGGUCUUCCUUGUGUCCCAGAGGGUGAUGAAAACCAGGCAAUGGUUUUAGAGCAAAUCACAGCUAAACCUGCUCACUCAACUAACCUCUUUGUGCUCCACAGGUGGUAAUGGCUCACUUCCCUUUUGUGUGGGUUUAUUCCUUUCCAUAAUUAAGUAUGUUUAUAAAGACUGCCCUUUACUUGGUGUGCAGCUACUUUUAAUAACUUCCCUUCGCUCCACAGCUUUACUGCCUACUUCCUUUUAUAAGUGUGAUUAUUCUCACUACUAUUUUGCUGAGUGAGUAUCUGCUUCCUUCCCUGACUGAAGGAAGUCGGGGUUUUUUUGUUUGUUCCCAAAGCCCGUACACAAUUAGUCUAUGAAACAAACUUUUUUUUCUCACAUUCCCUGGAGCAUCAUAGGAAUGAACCAGGGAGCAGUGGUGUACAAUACCACUACAAAAACAUCAGGAUCUAAAAUCUUUAUUAGCCUUCUCCCACAAAGUGUGUGAUGCCCGAGGAUACUUAAGAAGCCCUGGUCCCAGAGUUUAGGAACUGGGAGCAGAUCCUGAGGCAUGCAGAUGCAUUGUGAUGACCCUGCUACAACACCCUGCAUAGAAUAGAAUAGAAAAAUUGAAUAGUCUAAAUGUUUUAUUCCCAUUUGUUCUUGCCACUAGGUAAAUCUUUUCCCUCUGUGAUGUUUUUUCUCCCUGUUUCUAUAAACAGUCCUCAUAUCCGAUUCAGCCUUUUAGUCUGGUAGGCUAAACAAGUCAAGCACUUCUAGUCUUCUCUCAAAAUAUAUAUUCUCCAUUCCCUUGAUCAUCCCAGUUCCCCUUCUCUGCACCAGUUCCAGCCUGAAUUCAUCUUUUGACGUUUUGAGUGGUACAUAAACCUUUUUGCAGGUUGCUCCAGCUAGGGAGUCUAGGGAAAAACCAAAACAAGACGACAGAACAUUGAUGUCUUGAAAUCCAGAAUAGACUGCUUUGUUUGACUGAUGUGUUUACCAAGAGGAGAUCAAAUGAUAAAGUAUUAUUUAUGUUCAGUAAAAUGUCCUGAAUCGGUUUCUAUUUCAGUUUUCAUCAUAGAAUAAAUAUUUAAUCUUUUCCCCCCUUUGUAGGAAAUGUGUUCUGAAAGGUGAGAGAUGUACUGGAGGGGACUUUGUAUUAUUUAUCUGCGGAUCUAGUGAGUGGCAAGACUGUCUCAAUUUUUUCAUAUGCCAGCGUUGAAAUUAAAACUGUUUGGAGAAGAAUCCUUUUCCAGGUAUAAAAUAGAGUUCACACAUAUACAUCUUAAAUGCAAAACAGUGCUUUCAUAUAAUAUAUAGAAGGAGCUGGUAAUAGCCCCUGCAUUUAACUUGCCCUAACAUUCAGCAUUAAGGAAGAAUCCUCCGACUCUUUUUAGGACUUAAUACCCCCUUUAUUUGCAGGAGACUCGGGAAACUGCACAGAGGGUACAUCUACACGUGAAAUUAAGGCAAAGGAAUAAACUCUGGAGCAGUUUCAGCCAGAGUCAACUGCUCCUGGGUGCAGUGUCUCCACAUCCAUCCAGGGCAGCAGCACUUUGAGCCAGGACGGAAAAGCCCCAGGCUGGCAGGGGGCAAGGAGGGUUAGCCCUCUGGGCUUUGAGUGGGGGAAUAGGGUGGCAGAGGGGAUGGGUGGGGCCUGAGGGUCAGGCAGGAGUUAAUGCCCGCAGUACCCAUCUAGACAUGGAUUUGAUUGAACAUAAUGAUUGCCGUAAGAUAGUACUGUCCCCCACAGUACUAUCAGAGUUUACUGUACCCUAAUACCAGCACACGUGUAGACUGUGUUGCAUUGCUGUGGAGCUAAUUAGUCUACUCUGCAGCAAAGUGAACAUGUAGAGGCACCCGGGGAGAAAAACCAAGUGCUUUUUCUUUUUUAAUAUAUAAAUAAAAUGAGGCACGUCUUGUAUCUUGCUGACUUUAUCAUUCUAUUUGGGUCAGUAAUUAAUAAUAGCACUCCCCAGAGCCUUUCCCAUAUGCCCCUAUUCAUUUUUGUGUCACUCUAAAUAUCAGUGUGUGGAAUCAGAAAAAAAUAAAUGCCUUAAACUUUGAUCAUUUGAGUUAUAAGAUGACAUAACCGCUUUGUGGAGAAUUGCUGGCUCUGGACAGUAGAACAGAUAAGGGAAAGUGUUUGUUCUUUGUAACUCCUCUGCAACUGCUUUGCUCACUGCGGCCUUGAAGAUAGCAAAAAGUAUGUACAACUCUGAUUUUCAGGUGCAGGCAGGGAGUGUUAUUUCUCCCUUGUCUCCUCCAUAGUUCUCAUCCUGAUAACAGCAAAGAAGUAAUGAAGUAAUGUUUAUAGCUGCUUUUCUAGCUAAUUUCACUAUAUGAUCACAUGAGUUGUAAGCGACUAUUAAAAAGUAUAUAAGCCUCCUGAUUUUGCUCUUGGGAGGGAACCCCUUCCAAGUGCUUGGGAGAUCCAUGUCACUUUGGAGUCCCCCCUACAGCUGUAGUUUCUUUUGAAUAAAAGCUUCUGCUGACCUGACCCAAAA